AUGGCGCGCGAGGUCCAGCGACGACGGCGCGCGCGCUGGCGCGCGGUGCUCGCGUUUGUCGCGACGUGCGGUGGGAUCGAGCGCGCGGGAGCGCUCGGACCGAGGGAAAUAGCGGUGACGCGCGUUGGGGAAUCGUUUCGGUUAGGGUUCGGGUCGUGUAAUCGACAAACGCAUGACAUGUCGCUGUGGGAGGACGUGGCGAACGAGGCGUACGACGCGUUCGCGUGGAUCGGGGACGCGGUGUACGCCGACGCGCGAACGGGAAGAAUGCCGAACGGGAAGAAAGGAAGGGUAUACCUGGGGGAGAAGGCACACGCGGAGGCGUUUGAGUUUGUGAAGCGACAUCCGGCGUACGCGCGGGUUCGGGCGACGGCGCACGUGACGGGGACGUGGGACGAUCACGAUUACGGAUUCAAUAACGCAGGCAAGCACUGGCCACACAAGGAAUUCGCCAGGAAUGCAUUUUUGGACUUUUUGGACGAGCCUCCGGAGAGCGAGCGACGCAAGCGCGAGGGUGGGGUGUACGACUCGGUGGAUUACGUGCACGCCGGACGCAGGUUGCGGCUCAUUCUGCUCGACCUUCGUUGGGACCUGGAGGAGGCCGAUGAGUCGAGUGAGGGACGAAUGAUGAGUGAGCAACAAUGGGAGUGGCUCGAUGAACAGCUCGCGGCGGAACCAAAGCCCGCUUUCACCAUCUUGGCGAGUGGAAUCCAAGUAUUGGAGGCGCCGCACCUGAUGCUUCGGCCGCUCGCUCCAUACGUCCAGCCCGCGCGUCUUGUCGCUGAGGGCUUAGAGAGCUGGAGUAGGAUGCAUCGUGAUCAGACGCGUCUGUUCGACGCCAUCAAGCGUGCGAACGCAAAGGUGAUAUUCAUAUCGGGCGACGUCCAUCACGGUCAAAUUGCUGUCAGCGCUCCUGGUUGUCAUCUGCCCUACAAGACCAUCGACGUCACGUCUAGUGGGUUCACGCAUACACCCUUCAGGGAGGCAAAACCUCGAGUACUAGCAGCAUUAUUAGUGUGGGCGACACCUAAAUAUUUCGGAUCUUGGAUUUUGCCAUCGUUCACGCGCUGGACGGACAUCAACUAUGGAGAGAUAGAGGUUGACUGGACGCGAGGCGUAAUUUUUACUAGGGUCAAGAGCACGGGCGGUAAAACAGUGCUCCAAGAGACGAUGUCAUUCAGGGAAUUCGAGUUGAAUGUGCCAGAUCUCGGGUUCGAUAGAACUGGUUGCAACGAGACGCUGGAGUUGAGCCCGAAUAUGCGAGCAGUUCGCAUCGUGCUCUUCUUCGCUUGGCUCGCAUGUGUGUACGCGCUUAAGCUCCUCAUCCCAGUCUGCGUCCUCGCAUGGCUCACGCGCAAACUAUCCAGGCGAACGCGCGUGAAGGCCGACUAA